AUGCCCCGCAGGACAGUGAAGGGAUACCUGUACUUCUUAUUUCCUGCAAAAUCGCCCAAUGCAUUGUUGAAUCCUCGCUGCUUGCAUCUCUGUCACCUUCCAUCUCAUUUAUAUACUUUCAAAUCCCGCGAACCCGUCUUUAGAAUGUCGAUUAUAAUCACCGGCGCCGGUGGCUACGUCGGCCAGGAACUGGCCUCUGCCCUCCUCGCCAGCGACCCCAGCCUGACAGUGAUACUGGCAGACGUCGUGGCCCCCGAUGUCCCAGAAUCCGCAGCACAGCACGCAUCAAGAGCAAAGUGCGUCAAGGCCGACCUUACCUCUCCCGCCGUAGUCGACGAGCUCUUCGGCGCAACUAACCGCUACGACACGGUCUACCUGCUGCACGGGAUUAUGUCCAGCGGCGCAGAAGCGAACUUCGAGCUCGGCGUGCGCGUGAAUCUCGACGCAACUCGCUAUAUCCUUGACAGACUCCGGGCCGUCCAGCCGGGCGUCAAGGUCGUAUUUACGUCUAGUCUAGCAGUCUACGGACUCGCGCCUAAAGGGUUCGUCAUUGACGAGACGAAUUUUCCGCCUGUGCCCGAGUCUAGCUACGGCACGCAGAAGCUCGUUAUUGAGUUGUUGCUGAAUGAUUACUCGCGCCGUGGGUUCCUGGAUGGACGUGCUGUGCGUUUGCCCACUGUGACGGUGCGAGCGGGAAAGCCCACGCAGGCGGCGAGUAGCUUUGCGAGUGGGAUCAUUCGCGAGCCGUUUCAUGGGGAGAAGGCGGUUUUGCCGGUUAGUAAGGAUGUUGAGAUGUGGGUUUGCUCGCCGUAUACGGUUGUGAGGAACUUGAUCCAUGCGGCUACGGUGCCGAAGGAAGCCUUUGGGGACUCAAGGUCGGUGAAUCUGCCUGGGAUUGUGGUUAGUGUGCAGGAGAUGUUGGAUGCGCUGGAGGAGGUUGGUGGGAAGGAGAGACGGGCGUUGGUGGAGGAGAAGUAUGAUGCGGAUAUUGAUCGGAUUGUGCAGACUUGGUCGCCGCAUUUUAAUCCGGCGAGGGCGCUGAAGCUGGGAUUUUCGGAGGACAUUCCUAUUCUCGAGAAUGUGCGGCGAUAUGCGAGUCAGCUCAAGUAG